UUCCAUACAGACCUAAGAGCAUGCUUGACGUGUCACCCCACCAACACAGCCUCCCUCGAAGCAACAACGUAGCCAUCCCUGGAUCUGGCAGCACGAGUUUACUGUACAGCGUUCAGCACCACAACCACCACCUCCAGCAGCAGCAACAGCAGCACUUGGAUGGCAGUAACAUGGACGGCACAAGCUCGGGUCUAUCAGGUCUUGCCAACACAGGGUCUCUGCCAGACCUCACCUUGCGAGACCAUCUCAUGCCCACCGUCCCUAUGAGUGUCCCUCUGCCCGACGAGAUCGGGCCAUAUCCUGGGAGCGUGCCCAGCGGUCCCUACAACCCGGCCACGUCCUCCCCACAGUCCCCCAAGUCCGGCACCUCACCAGGACCUUCCCCAUCUCUGUCUCGACGCCACAAACCCAAGCCCUACCCCCAGCUGCCGUGUCGACAAGCCCCUCCCUCACAGAAUCUUUUAUCUGUGCCUUCAAUAGUCAGUUCCAACUUCCUGCACACAUGCAAGGGUUCUGUAUUGGUGGAUCCUGGUAUGGCUGACACGGGAGGUGGCGGCACGUUAGGUUACCAAACAACCCAAUCCUACACCCUCUACAACCCCACCACCGCGGGUGGUGUGGGCUCUAUACCAUCCAGCCCUACGGCACCUGGGCCUCCGGUGGGGGUUUACCGUAGUCCAUCCCCCGACUCCCGUAGCGCCCCUCCGUCCCCAGGAUGCCUCCCCAGCCAGGCGUCCCCGUCCCCUGUAUCCUCCCCCGGUAUCAACAUUCCCAAGCCUUUCUCCUACGACAGCAUCUCGCCUACAUACUCUAGUUUACACCCCACGCAGCUCCACCAUCAGUUCGAACAGAUUACCGUGUUGGACGCACCUAUGAACAAUAUCGACUCUAGAACAUCGCAGCUACAGCAGCAGCCUCAGCCUAUGAGUACCGACAGUGGACAUUACAGUAGCCCGUCCUCGAGUCCUAAUCUCUCCUGUGUAGCGUAUCCUACAUCACCUUCAUCGCAGGACACAGCUACUCCGCAACACUCUUUACCGCACAUCAAUACUCUACCUCAGCUUUCUCAAUUGCCUCAAUCUCCGUUACAGCAGCAACCUCCAGCAUCACCGACAUCGUCCAUGGGUCCCCACAGUCCAGCCACCCCCGGGGGAAGCAAUAGUCAACAGAGCCUCAACAUGAACCCCGCCACUCCCCAAACUCCUCAAACUCCAAAUUCUAUACCUAAAGUUGUGCUCACUGACCACGACGGCAAUAAUGAUAUUCUAAAGGACUUCACCGCAGUUUUUGAGGACGACCCUGAAAACUUGCAAAAUUUCCUCAGCCAGCUGGGCGUGGACGACGUGAACAUGAUGGAUGGUCAGGACCUGGACUACAGCGCUGCUGACGUCGACGCGGCGCUACCGCACUACCACGACCCUCAGCAACCGCAGCUGCCUGCUGGUGCUGCCUUCCUGCAGCACCAACCGCAAUAGUGCAGCACCAGCUGCAAUAGUGCAGCACCAACCGCUAAAGUGCAGCACUCGCUGCAAUAUUAGUGCAGUCUUGCCAUAUGCAGUGCAAUACUACCAAUUGUAAUACAGCAUUAGCAGCUUCGUCAGGUGCAGCAGCAGUCGCAACAGUAGCACCUGAUUAAACUGUGCAGACAAAGCGUUGUUACGUGCAGCGCAUGUCUUGAUAAUGCAGCAAAAGACCACCAUGAAGCAGCCUAGAUCUCAGCAACAAAAAAGUUAGCGAAUUAAAAUUAAGGAACCUUGGUUUUGUGUAGUUUCAACAGCUGCGGUCUCUGUAAAACCGUUGACAGCAAAUCUAGGAAUUACGUACCUUCAAAAUUUGCCAUCAUUUAUAUGCACUAAUUUUUGUCGGCUAUUUCGAUAUUGGAAGCAUUUUUACGCUACCAGGGUACGUAAAUGUUGUCAUAAAACUAUCCACCAAUUUCAUUCAAAGUUUGUUCUCCUUAUUGAAAUUUACUAUUUAUGUUAAAACUGCCGUCAAUAAAUUAUUUUCUGAUGUUUCUCACUUCUACUUUGAAACAUCGCUCUUUGAAGAAAAAUGGAAAUAGUUCAUAUUAAUUGACUUAUUCACAGGAUUAGCUUCGUUAGUUUUGAUUAUUAGUUUCGUUUCACCCAACACUUCUAUCCUGGAGUUUAGCUGUGAUGAUUUGGACUCUCAAGGCUGCUGAACUGGUCUGCAGAAGUUAGCAUUUUUCAUUCUUGCCGAGGCUGGCGUGUUGGUGCGACUCAAGCUUAUGCUCACACAAUUCGCCUGAAAACCGCAUUUUCAUCUUGUGUUACACUUGAAAUAAUUACUUGUUUAGUCAGUGAAGGUAACAAAGUGCAAUAUAUUUCAAACAGUAUUCGAAAUUAUUAUUUAUAAAAUGAAUUUAAAUGUUUCGGAUUGCCACUCUCUGUUUUUCAUAAGUUUUUCUCAUUCACUCACGACUUUUAUGUCUCUGUAAACUAAGCCUGCAAUUGAAACAUGAAAUGCAAAAUGAUCCGAACCGUGUCAUAUUGAAGUGCUGACGUAAAUUUUCUGUCAAUAAUAAUCAUUGCAUGAGCUCAAAUUCAGGGAUUGAUAUUUAAGGAGCUUAGUAAGACCUUCCUUACCGAAGAAAAGCUUUGACUUCUGGAAACAAAAGAAACUUGACAAAAUUUGUCAAUCAUCAAGGUUGUGACCCCAGACGUUGUAUUAAUUUCUAUGUUUUGAAGAUGUAAUAAUCGUUAUAGGGUGUGCUGUUGUUUUCUUAUAGGGAAAAUUCUAUGGGAGGUGCAGAAAUUCUUUCUCCUGUACAGCACCUAAACUUUUGCAUCUCUGUCUUGAUGUUAAUGUUGCGUGUUCGGGAGGUCGCCUGGUAAUGAUCUUUCAUCACUGCUAGCUGCUAAUAUCGUGUCUUUCUCUGUGAAUAUUUGCGUUGGUGUUGAGAGCACCAGCUUCAUAUCUUGAGAGCAUUCCAUGUCAUUGUGUCUUGUUAUGUAAACAACGCUGGGUGCAGGUUUGAGUAAUGAAUCUUGUCACCGUAAAUAAUAUUAAAUACUGGACAUACGGCCGGAAAGUGAAGGAUGUCGUGAGACUGUGCAUUUGGGGGUGCUGGUUUCUCGUAGCAUUUCUUACCACUUGAUAUUACUACAGUGAGCUGGUCGUAGUAUUUUAUCUGCAUAUUAUUGUACUCGCUGCUUUUGCAUUGGGCUUUGCGGCUCUUGUUUCUGAGAUUAUUAUAGCUUUUUAUCCCUAAA